GCUAUGUCUCGCAUCAAGAGACGGAUCCAUGUUAGUUUGCUACUGCUGUUGUUGUCAGAGGUUGUAGCAAUACACGAUGGAGCUCAUGGACCCAGGACGGAAGCCUCAAGUGAUGAGAUCAUGCGCCGGGAUGGCCCACGAGUUUCCAGACAUCAGCCCAGCGAGUCAUCUUUAGACGAGGCUUUGGUCCAGGGGGAUGGUGUUGCAGAACAGCCCUAUGGUCCCUUGGGCUUCGGUUCCUUGGGAUACCCGAGCUACGGCGGCUUCGGCUCUGGCGGGUACAGCCCACCUGUCUCCUCCGCACCGAAGUCGCCCUACAUGAGUUCGUUCUCCAACGUCCUUGGAACGCCAAAAGUCGUGUCGGCCGCUGCCAAGGAGGACUCCAAGGAAUCCAAGGACAAGAAGGACAUUGACUUCAACAACAUCGAUUACAUAGGAUGUAUCAUCCCGCAGUGGACGGAUGGCGACUGGAUCUGCGCCGAAGCAGCCGAUGUUCCAGACCUGCAGAUCUACGAUGAUGCGCAGCACAGGACUCGCAAGAAGUUGCGGGAGGGGGACGUGUGCACUGUGCAGUGCCCGGAUCCGCGGUACUGGCAGUCGGCACAGCCUUCUUCGUUGGUCUGCAAGUCCGGGCGAUGGAGAGAUCAGGUGUCCAGGGUGAAUGUGAAGAAGAUUGAGUGCGAGACAGCAGCUCGUUGGUUCUUCCUCGUGGGCUUCCUGACGUUUGGACUUCCUCUGUGCUGCUGCUGUGGUGCAGCCGGCGUGGUGCUUCGAAUGAAGCGCAAAAAGAAGGAUCCGCCACCUUCCGAGCCUGCGGAAGAGAAGGCCGAGCCAGCCGCGGAGGGAGCACAGGGCGCAGCCUCUGCCCCUGCAGAGGGCGCACCGGCGGAGGCGACUGGUACCGCGACCUCCUGA